AUGCUGCCCGGGAAAUCUGUCCUCAACCAAACUGGGACCCCAGAGUUCGUGUUCCGGGUCUUCACCAAUGUCCCUGAAUUCCAGGCUCUCCUCUUCCUCCUCUUCCUCCUUCUCUAUCUGAUGAUCCUCUGUGGCAACGCUGCUAUCAUCUGCGUGGUGUGCACCCACAGCUCCCUGCGCACACCCAUGUACUUCUUCCUGGGCAGUUUGUCCCUCCUGGAAAUCUGCUACACCACAGAUGUGGUGCCCUUGAUGCUCUCCAACAUCUUUGGGGCCCGGAAGCCCAUAUCACUGGCUGGCUGUGGGACACAAAUGUUCUUCUUUGUCACUCUGGGAAGCACUGACUGCUUUCUCCUUGCAGUCAUGGCCUACGACCGGUAUGUGGCCAUCUGUCACCCUCUGCACUACAGCCUCAUCAUGACCCAGAAGCUGUGUGUCCAAAUGGUACUGGGCUCUUUGAGCUUGGCGCUUUUCCUCUCCCUGCAGCUCACUGCCUUAAUUUUCACCUUGCCCUUCUGUGGACAUCACCGGGAAAUCAAUCAUUUCCUUUGCGAUGUGCCCCCAGUCCUGCGCCUGGCCUGUGCUGACAUCCAUGUGCACCAGGCAGUCCUCUAUGUAGUGGGCAUCCUGGUGCUGACCGUCCCAUUCCUGCUGAUUUGCAUCUCCUACGUGUUCAUUGCGUCCACUAUCCUGCGCAUGCGCUCUGCAGAGGGCCGCCAAAGGGCCUUUUCCACCUGCUCUUCCCACCUCACUGUGGUCCUGCUGCAGUAUGGCUGCUGUAGCCUGGUGUACCUGAGGCCCCGCUCCAGCACCUCAGAGGAUGAGGACCGCCAAAUCGCCCUGGUCUACACCUUUGUCACCCCGUUACUCAACCCCCUGAUUUACACCCUUCGGAAUAAAGAUGUGAAAGGUGCGCUGAAGAACUCCAUAUUCCAUAAAGCAGUCUGA